AGAGGAAGAAGGUGGAGACCUGGUCCAGCCAGGCAUCAGCUUUCCGGGGCCAGCAGAGGAGGAUCUAGACCCGCAGUACUCAUGGUCGCCCACGCAGCACUUCAAUGAGGAGCGCUACUCCCCGGCGCCCAGGAGCAUGAAGGGCCUCUCCGGAAGCCGGACGCAGCCGCCGCUGUGCUCGGGGCACACGUGCGGCCUGGCGCCCCCCGAGGACUGCGAGCACCUGCACCACGCGCCCGAGGCGCGGCCGCCCUACCUGCUGAGCGCCGCGGACAGCUGCCCCGGGGGGCGCCACCGCUGCUCGCCGCGCAGCUCGGUGCACUCGGAGUGCGUCCUGAUGCCGGUGGCGCUGGGUGACCACGUGUCCAGCAGCACGUUCCCGCGCAUGCACUACAGCUCGCACUACGACGCGCGCGACGACGGCGCGGCGCCGCGCGUGGGCGCCAAGAUCAACCGCAUCCCCGCCAACCUGCUGGACCAGUUCGAGAAGCAGCUGCCGCUGCACCGGGACGGCUUCCACACGCUGCAGUACCAGCGCGCGUCCGCGGCCGAGCAGCGCAGCGAGAGCCCGGGGCGCAUCCGCCACCUGGUGCACUCGGUGCAGAAGCUCUUCACCAAGUCGCACUCGCUGGAGGGCUCCUCCAAGGGCAACGCCAACGGGGCCAAGGCGGACGGCCGCGCCGACGAGCCGCACCACGGCCACCACGCCAAGCACGGCAAGAGGAGCAAGAGCAAGGAGCGCAAGCCGGAGGGCAAGCCGCGGCCCGGCAUGAGCAGCUGGUGGAGCUCGGAUGACAACCUGGACAGCGACAGCACCUACCGGCCGCCCAGCGUGCUCAACCGGCACCACCUGGGCCCCGCGGCCCACGGCUACCCCGACGCCCUGCAGAGCCCCUUCGGGGACCUCUCACUCAAGACCUCCAAGAGCAACAACGACGUCAAGUGCUCAGCCUGCGAGGGGCUGGCGCUGACGCCGGACGCCAAGUACCUGAAGCGCAGCUCCUGGUCCACGCUGACGGUCAGCCAGGCCAAGGAGGCCUACCGCAAGAGCUCGCUGAACCUGGACAAGCCGCUGCUGCACCAGGACGCCAAGCCCGCCCUGAGGCCGUGCCACUACCUCCAGGUGCCUCAGGAUGAGUGGGGAGGGUACCCCACCGGUGGCAAAGAUGAGGAGAUUCCCUGCAGGAGAAUGAGAAGUGGGAGCUACAUUAAAGCCAUGGGGGACGAGGAGAGUGGAGAGUCAGACUCCAGCCCCAAGACGUCACCAAAGUCGGCGAUCCGACCGGAGCCACUGCUGAAGUCCAUCGGGCAGAGACCGCUCGGAGAGCACCAGACCCAGAGCUACCUGCAAGCUGCAAGCGACGUGCCUGUUGGCCACAGCCUGGACCCCGCCGCGAACUACAACUCCCCGAAAUUCCGCUCCCGGAACCAGAGCUACAUGAGGGCCGUCAGCACCCUGAGCCAGGCCAGCUGCGUGAGCCAGGUGAGCGAGGCGGAGGUCAACGGGCAGUUCGAAUCCGUAUGCGAGUCCGUCUUCAGCGAAGUCGAAUCUCAGGCCAUGGACGCCCUAGACCUCCCAGGAUGUUUCCGAACAAGGAGUCACAGCUACCUUCGAGCCAUUCAAGCCGGCUACUCCCAAGAUGACGAAUGUAUCCCCAUGAUGACACCGUCCGACAUCACCUCCACCAUCAGGUCAACAGCAGCUGUCUCGUAUACAAAUUACAAGAAAACCCCCCCGCCAGUGCCCCCUCGGACCACCUCCAAGCCUCUGAUCUCCGUGACGGCGCAGAGCAGCACCGAAUCCACCCAGGAUGCCUACCAGGACAGCCGCGCCCAGAGGAUGUCCCCAUGGCCCCAGGAUGGCCGCAGCCUGUACAACUCCACGGACAGCCUGGACAGCAACAAGGCCAUGAACCUCGCCCUGGAGACGGCCGCAGCCCAGCGCCACAUGGCUGAUGGGCAGAGCGGCUCCACCCGGACCAGCGACAAAGCCAUCCUUGUGUCCAAGGCGGAAGAGCUCCUCAAGAGCCGCUGCUCCUCCAUCGGGAUUCAGGAUUCUGAAUUCCCAGAGCACCAGCCAUACCCAAGGUCAGAUGUGGAAACGGCCACAGAUUCCGACACAGAGAGCCGCGGCCUGCGGGAGUACCACUCCGUCGGUGUGCAAGUGGAAGACGAGAAGCGACACGGACGUUUUAAACGUUCUAACAGCGUCACGGCUGCCGUCCAAGCAGACCUGGAGCUGGAGGGGUUCCCAGGCCAUAUCACCAUGGAGGACAAAGGCCUCCAGUUCGGCUCAUCCUUCCAGCGGCACUCUGAACCCAGCACCCCCACCCAGUAUGGCGCGGUGAGAACUGUACGGACGCAGGGGCUCUUCAGCUAUCGAGAAGACUAUCGGACCCAAGUGGAUACCUCCACCCUGCCCCCUCCGGAUCCCUGGCUGGAGCCCGCCCUGGACACGGUAGAGACUGGGCGGAUGUCUCCCUGCCGCAGGGAUGGCUCGUGGUUCUUGAAGCUCCUGCACUCGGAGACGAAGAGGAUGGAAGGCUGGUGCAAAGAGAUGGAGAGAGAGGCCGAGGAGAACGACCUCUCGGAGGAAAUUCUUGGUAAAAUCAGGAGUGCUGUUGGGAGUGCCCAGCUUCUCAUGUCCCAGAAAUUCCAGCAGUUCUAUUGGCUUUGCCAACAGAAUAUGGACCCCAGCGCCAUGCCGAGGCCAACAUCGCAGGACCUGGCCGGCUACUGGGACAUGCUGCAGCUCUCUGUCGAGGACGUCAGCAUGAAGUUCGAUGAGCUGCAGCGGCUGCGGCUCAAUGACUGGAAGAUGAUGGAGUCUCCGGAAAGAAAGGAAGAAAGAAAGGCCCCGCCUCCAAUACCAAAGAAGCCCCUCAAAGGAAAAUUUCCCAUCACAAGAGAAAAAUCCCUGGACCUGCCCGACAGACAACGUCAGGAAGCGCGGAGACGACUCAUGGCCGCCAAGCGUGCGGCAUCCUUCCGGCAGAAUUCUGCCACGGAGCGCGCAGACAGCAUCGAGAUCUACAUCCCCGAGGCCCAGACCCGGCUCUGAGGACGGGGGGCAGCCACCUUCCCCUUGGUUGUUUCUGCUUUUUCACAAAACGCUUGUACAGUUUGUUGGCUCCCUGGUGGUUUCUGUCUCAUUUCUUCCACUGAACACGCCCUUGCUGUUCUGCUCCUUGUGCCGUGAACACAGUGGAACGCGGUCGGUGGCCUCAGAGUCCACGGAGCUCGUGGCGAGGACGACUUUUGCUUUUCUUCACUGGUGGCCUGGCUCCCAGUCGGCUCUGAGGGACAGGUGUGGCGAGACCCGACUUCCCCUCCGUGUUCUCUGAGGACGGCGAGAAACGCCCCUGGAGCUGAAACCCAGCUUACAUUUUGUUAUUUCUAUUUUUAUAAAUUGUGUGAUAGUUAGAGGUAAGAAUAACAAAUAACUAUAAAUGGGUGCAGCUCACCACUCCCUAGAGGCAUUAGACACCCAAGUGGAAGGUGCUACCACCUGAAGUGCAGGAAAGAAAGGCCCAUUCCCCUCGCAUACCCCAGUUCCUUCUCCCCGAGGCCGGGCCGCCUGCCUGCUCCGCCCUCCUGCUCCUGUUCCUCACAAGCAGAAAACAUUAGGCUCCUUGCGUGAAGCUUCCUGUGAUGGAAAGUGAUCUCUCCAACCACCAAACUCCCCGCCACACGGUUCUGCAAAACCCAGGGCUUGACAAGUCUGAACCCACUGAAAAUACCCAGCACAGCAUCCACACAUUCAAAAGAGAAGCUGAGUGUUCUGAGUGUCCCCACGAGGAAGUCACGCACAGAGAGAGGAGAGCCUUAGAGAGGGCUGGGAGCAUAAAGGGAAGAAAAUGUCCUUACUUCUAUGAAAUAGUCAUUGUCUUUUUUAUUUCUUUGUACCUUAAAAACAACCUCCAGUAUUUUCCUUAAGUUUCACCAUUUAUGCUACAUGGGAUUUUUUUUAAUGUAUGUAUAUAUAUUCUCAAAUUGCUCUAUCAGCUGACUUUCCAGGGUAUCCUUAAAAAAAAAAAAAAAAAAAAAAAAAGAAAAGUUUGCUUGUUUAAAAUGACAGUUGUGAUGCUGUAAAAAGUUUAAGAAAUAUGAAUGUGAGUGGUAAGUAUAUCUCAGUUUAAAUGGUAAAGAAGAAAUGUAGUUUACAUUUGUACCUUUCCAGAAUUCUUUUGUCCUAUGCAGUAUUGCUAAAGUUAAGAAUAGAUUCCUUGCCUGUGUUAGACAUGAAGGAAAAAGAGGUCACCUGUUGCGAUUUCCAGCUGUGGAAUUCAAAAAAGUAAUUAGUGUUCAUGACUCUCUGGUCGGCACCAGAGGAAACUAGGAAUGGCUCUAAUUAAUAGGCUUUCCGUGAGUGUAAUGAAAUUGAGCCGCCACGACCAUUGUUCCCACAUAACUUCUGUUUCACCAUUCAGACCAGUCGCCAAAGGUAAAGCCUAUCCGAUCUUUCCACUGAGUUACAGUCUCACAGUUCUCAUUAUUACUCAGAGUAAAGGCAGGACUGUGGUUCCAGACAGAUGUUUCCACCCAAAUACCAGGUCUUCCUUCCCAGCUUCAAGGAGCCCCGUGUCCUCAGCCACAGGCAGAACAGCUUUCCACGACCCGCGCACUUUCUCUCUUCACUUGGUUUGCACUUUACAACGUCCCCGGCCCCUCUGCAGCUGCGUGUGGCAGGGCGUUGGGUGCGCGGUUGCGCCAGAGCGUCCUCCCGAGCCGCAGCCUCUCCGCUGCCUCCUUUCCCACAUCCCACUGCGCAUGGGACCAUUGGGAGCAGAGCAGAUAUUAAAGCAUGUUAGCUUCAAAGUUUUACUUUUUUAAAGCUGAGGAAAGAUUUCCCUGUAAAAACAAAACCCUAUAAAUCAAGCCUCAUAUCUGGUAUAUAUUUUACCAAACAGCCUUAAAAUAUAUUUGGAAGCAAAAAUCAGUACGAAUGUAUCUCCUUGAAAAAUGCAAAAAAGAAAAAAAAUUCCCUGAAAUAUUCUUCUAUAAAUGAGUCCUAUUUCCCCAGAGUGUUCAAAGCAUUUUUCUACCUAAUACCUAAAUCUUGAGUAGUGUACAGUAAUGACACCUCUUCCUAUAUCCACUCUAUUAUGUUAAAACAAAUGUAUCUGCAAGUAUUGGCGUUUUAGACUUUUAAAAUGCCGUGCGAUUUCAGAUGAACUCUGCUGUUUGGAAAUAACCACAGAAAAGCAAAGUCAGUUGUACACUCCCAGUGAAAGGAAAUGAAACACAGCUCUGUAUCCUGGAUCUGUUACAGACACGCCACCUCCUCACGUCGUUCUACCUACUGGCAGCUGAUAUGUUUAAUUCAUUUCCUUGAACUUAUACAAAACAUAUAAAAACAAACUGUUAAGGUAGAUCCCAGAUUCAAUGAUCCCUGCUUAAAGGAAAACAUUCACUGGCUGUGGAUUAAUUUCUCAUGUUUUGUAAAUUCAUUGUUAUUUCACAAUCCCCAAAAGUCUUGGCCUAAAACCAUCCCUGAGUGAGCAGAUUAACCUACCACUACAUUGCACAGGGGUUGGUGACUCGACAUGGUGAAUGUGCACAUGCCCUGCUUGGUCUGCCAUGUUCCAAAGAAGAUGAUUCAAUGGUAGAACGGAUACCUGCUGCUAGACCUGAUGGAAUGUUACCUGUCCGCGUUACAUAACCAAGUGCAAUAUACUCAGUUCUCAUGCAGGUGACAUUCUACCAUGAAAUGCAGAAGAUAAGCCAUGUUUAUGUAUUGUACAUGUAAAGAAAAAUAAACUGUUUAUGAUACUUGUGUUAGUCA